GACAAUUAGCAACUGGACGUCAUCGAACGAGAAAGCCGUGACCUCCUUACUGCGCACGUUAGAGGAGCUCAAGUCUGAGCUAAGCACACCCGGUUCCUCCCAGGAAGAUGAGGGCAGAGCUGCAGACCCAGCUGGUGGACGUCCUCCUGAAGGACAACGACUCUCUGACCACAGCCUUGCGCACGGUGACGCAGGAGAAGGCGGAGCUGUGCCGGGCGGUGUCGCAGCUGGAGAAGUCGCUGAAGCAGCACCUGCUGCGGCGCGGCGUGUGCAGUAGGCCGGACAAGUCUGCAUGGAAGCAGGAUGGAGCGGGCUCGCAGAGCUCAGCGCGACAGCCAGACCCGGCACUGCCGGCGCCAGCCGCACGCGAGGAAGCCAGCAGCGGCAGCGUGCAGGUGGAGAAGUUGUACCUGCAUUACUUGAGAGCAGAAAGCUUCAGAAAAGCUCUGAUUUAUCAAAAGAAGUAUCUUCUGCUAUUGAUUGGCGGAUUCCAAGACUCUGAACAGGAAACGCUGUCCAUGAUCGCCCAUUUGGGAGUGUUUCCUUCCAAAGCAGAUAAGAAAAUUACACCUUCUCGCCCUUUUACGAAGUUUCGGACCGCCGUCAGGGUGGUGAUCGCGAUACUAAGGUUACGUUUCUUGGUUAAGAAGUGGCAAGAGGUAGAUCGUAAAGGGGCCAUCAUGCUGGGCCGAGCGCCCCGUCCAGCGGUGGCCGGGGAAGGAGUCCCGGUUCCACGCCAGCAGGCUCCACCCAAAACCAGCACGUCCCCGCCAACCCGGGACGUGUCCUCCAGCCACACCGGGGACCGUGUGCCCAAGGCCUCCCCGCGCAGGAGGGAAAGAUCCACUCCGUCCCCGGAUUCGAGAUCCGAAAGAUCCCUGGCUGCUUCUCAAGACCCCGAGCGUUCCUUGACGGAAUAUAUUCAUCAUUUGGAGAUGGUCCAGCAGAGACUGGCCGGGGCCCCUCCAGAUUCUGCUUCAAAGAGAUCCUGCCGCCAGAAGACAAAACAGUGAAUAAAAUCCUUGUGCCUCUUACCAUAACAAUUCCAUUUGAGGAAAAGAUUUAUUUUUCCCCUUUUCUCAAGGAAGACGCGUGGCGUGGCGUGGCGUGGCCUGCGCUCAGUGCCUGGUCUCCUCCCGUGCCUGAGAUGCCAGCCCCAAGAGCCGCUCACGGGGCGUCCCCACCUCCCUGUGAUGCUGGAGAGCCCAGUGGAGGAUGUUCUGUACGACGGCCGUGUGUUUUAGCUCCUCACCUUCCGACGGUGGCGUGCGCGCCCGGGGUGACUGACGCCCGUCCUGCUCGGUGUGAGCGGCCAGAGCUGUCCGGCUGGCCGCCGCGUUGUUGAUUGUCUUAAAGUGUACAGAUGGGAACUUGGUUUAAAAACAGAAACACCCCAAGAACAAAAAGAAUAAAAUCAAGCACUAUUUUAUUGUGA